UAGUAUGCCGUUUGUUUCUCGGCAACAAGUUACGGAUGUGGGGUGUGCUCAGAAACUCGGUAAAAGUCGAACGUUCAAGUUGUAUGUAAGAUGUUGCAGAAAAAUUCUGUGUAAGAAUUUGUUUUUCAAAAUUUGGUUUUGUAACGCACACAGGCAGACACGCGCCUCUACCGCCAGCAGUACUCACGAUAAUUGCAAGCAGUUCAGGCGCAACAAUAUAUACGUUGCAUUCACGCAACAACAUCUGUGUAACCGAGCAACAUGUCGCAUCAUCAACACGUUCUUUCCGAGGCCACUGCCCUCUGUCUGAUAAACGGUUUGGAUGCCUCCGGCGGUGCCACCGGCGGUGCCACGCCCCUCAGCGCUCAACAGCCCCCCGCUGGGACAGGGGAAGUCAUCUGCUCGCCGGAAAUCGUGGCAUCGGCUCAUCGAAUGGCUAGUGCCACACCCACCGCCUCCAUGGCCGCGCUGGAAAUAUCGUCAGCGCGGCAGAGGAUGAUGCCACAGAUAACGCGAAGUCCAUUGGAGGAGAGCCUCCAUUCGGCGAACGAGAAUGGCAACUCGUGCCGCAUCUGCCGCUGGAAUCGCAGCGACAUGGAGAUCAUCAAGUGUCCGUGCAACUGCAAGGGCACCGUGGGCUACAUCCAUCUGAAGUGCUUGAAGCGCUGUAUUAUGCACAGGCGGGAUAAUCGCUGUGAGAUCUGCAAUGCAGUUUUUGACAUCACGGAGGAGCGGGUCAGUCUGAAGCAGAUGAUCCGAACCUUCUUCUGCGGCCGUUGUUGCGGGCUCCUUGUGAAGAAUCUGCUAUUUAGCGCAUCGCUAAUGCCACUGGCCCAUAUCAUUUUGCAGCAGGUCCUGCAGUGCAUGGAUAAUCUGAAUCAGGGCAGCACCGAGCAGCUUACCGUCCAGGAGGUGUUCGUCGCCUCCUGCGCCCUGCUGACCUCCAGUGCACUGUUCUUCCACUUCUUCGAGUUCGUCACCACACGGUUCCUGCUCAUCCGGAACAUUCUGCGCCACUGGUGGAUGUUUGGCACCACCUCCGACUUUGCCCUGGUGGAGUUCGAGGAUGACACUAUUGAUUUUUUUGAUGAUUAGUUGAUGAUUUCGCGAUGACUCGAUGGCGAUCGAUUUGGCGAUCAUAAGGGCUGAAAUAACCAGCAUGAUGAUGGGAAGGCAGAGCCAUCGUAGAUAGUUCCACCAAGAACCAGCUUUAUUAAAUUAAAUAAUUUAUU